GGAGUUUGGGUUUUUUAUUUUUCGCGGAGUUAUGCCUAAAAACUUCUUAUCAUCUGGAGUAUUAUCAUUUGGUAAGCUAUUCCAUACAAGUCGUGUAUUUGAUGGUUCUUUUUCUUGGAAUUGGCAAAAUGUUCUUUGUAUAAUUCUUGCAUAUCCAUCUCAAGAUUUAG